GUCCGGCCACCUCCACUACAGCAGCCUUUACCCUCUCUUCAUGCUCUACCGCGCGUGCGGCCUCCCCUCCAACGCCCACAACUUGCUCGUGCAAAUGCCUCAACCACACCCGGUCUCCUUGGACAACUCCCUCCUCCGCUCCUACACCGACCUCGGCCACUACAGAGAUGCGGUCGCUCUUUACUCUCAGAUGCGCUCAUUCGACCACCUCACCUUCCCCUUCGCAGCCAAGGCCUGCGCCGGCCUACGCCUCAGCUGCCAUGGACGCGCUGUGCACAGUCGAGCGCUCGCCGCUGGCUUCGGCGGCGAUGCGUAUGUGCAGAACGCAUUGAUUUCCAUGUACAUGAGCUGCGGUGAUGUUGCCGAAGCGGAGGCGGUGUUUGGCGCAAUGCAGAACCGUUCGGUCGUGUCCUGGAAUGCGGUGAUUGCUGGGUGCGUCAAGAAUGGCUGUGCGGAGAGGGCAUUGGAGGUCUUUGGCGAGAUGGUUGGUGAUGGUUCUGAGGUGGACCGAGCCACGGUUGUGUCCGUACUGCCAGCUUGUGCGCGAGUCAAGGAUUUGAGCACUGGGAGAGCUGUGCACCGGUUGGUUGAGGAGAGAGGAUUGGGGGACUAUGCUGCGGUGAAGAACGCGUUGAUUGAUAUGUACGGGAAGUGCGGGAGAUUGGAGGAUGCACGAAGGGUGUUCGAUGACCAUAAAUAUGAUAAGAAUGUUGUUUCUUGGACAGUGAUGAUUGGUGCGUACGCGCUGAAUGACUGUGCGAACGAGGUUUUUACUCUUGGUUGCGACAUGCUGAUGACCGGUGGUGCGCCAUGGCCCAAUGGAGUGACCAUGGCCUAUCUACUGUCUGCUUGUUCUAGCUUGUCGUCAUGGAAGCAUGCAAAGUGCACGCACGCAUUGUGCAUUAGACUUGGGCUUGAAUCAGACAUCGUUGUUGAGACUGCACUUAUUGACGCUUACAGAAAGUGCCAUAAGAUGAAGAUGAUGGAGUUGGUACUUGAAAAUGGCUCACGAAAGACAGAAACAUGGAAUGCAGCUAUCUCUGGUUAUACUCGUGGUAAUCAGGAGAAGAGAGCUAUUGAAUUGUUCAAGCGGAUGAUUGCAGAGUCUGUGCACCCAGACUCUGCAACAUUUGCAAGCAUCCUCCCAGCUUAUGCAGAAUCUGCAGACCUGAGACAAGCAAUGAACAUCCACUGUUGCUUGCUGACUCUCGGUUUUCUUCGGAGCACAGUGAUUACAACUGGUUUAAUCGAUGUGUAUGCCAAGGCAGGUGGCUUGGACAUGGCAUGGGCGCUCUUCUGCGGGCUACCUGAAAAGGAUGUUGUUGCCUGGACCACGGUCAUCGCUGGGUACGGUAUGCACGGGCAUGCUCGAACUGCCAUCCUGCUAUAUGACAGGAUGGUGGAGUUGGGGGUGAAGCCGAACACCGUGACCUUCACCUCCUUGCUGUUUGCUUGCAGCCAUGCCGGCAUGGUAGAUGAAGGCCUUCAGUUGUUUGAAGAUAUGCGUAACAUUCAUGGCAUCAUGCCAAAUGUCGAGCACUACUCGUCACUGGUCGACAUGGUUGGGCGUGCUGGGAGGAUCAAGGAGGCCUACAGCCUCAUUAAAGACAUGCCAUUUGAGCCCAGCACCUCUGUGUGGGGUGUUCUUAUGGGUGCUUGUGUUCUACACAAGAAUGUUCAGUUCGGGGAGAUUGCUGCGAAGCAUUUAUUUGAGCUUGAACCGGGGAACACCGGGAAUCGCGUGCUGCUUGGGAACAUAUAUGCUGCAGCUGACAGGUGGAAGGACGUUCAGGAUGUCCGGAGAGUGAUGGUGGAAAAGGGUCUCAGCAAAGAACCAGGAUCUAGUUUGGUUGAGACAAGGUCUGAACAACGCUGAACAGCAUUGUUAUAGAAUGUAAGUCUUAUACUUGUAUCAGAUAGAUCAGAGCG